AUGGGCCAGCAGCAUCUCUCCUCGAUGGCUUCUCCAAUCAGGGCUGUACCCGACUCAACUCAAGUAGAAAUGGAAGAGCUGAAGGUGAAUUCUGAUGGGCUGGAAUAUACACCAGCUGCCAUGGAAGAUCCAACCCAGGCUCUUGAUGUGCCAGAACCACCUCCAACAUUAGUGGAUAUCCAGGGAGUAAAUGAUGUUGAUGAUUCUGAAAUCCCUCCAGAAUUAGUAGAUAUCCAGGAGGUGGGUUUUGAUGAGUCAGAAUCUCUUCCAGCAUUAGUGGAUAUCCAGGAGUUGGGUUCUGAUGAUCCAGGCUCAAUUCCAUCUCUACUGGAUAUCCCUGAUGUGAGUUCUGAUGUGCCAGAAUUACUUCCAGCUUUACUGGCUAUCCAAGAUGUGGGUUCUGACGAGCCAGAAUCACUUGCAACAUUGAUGGAUAUCCAAGAGGUGGGUUCUGACAAGCCAGAAUCCACUCAAGGAGAAAUGGAAGAGCAGAAAGUGGCUUCUGACGAGCCAGAAUCCACUCAAGGAGACAUGGAAGAGCAGAAAGUGGCUUCUGAUGAGCCAGAAUCCACUCAAGGAGACAUGGAAGAGCAGGAAGUGGCUUCUGAUGAGCCAGAAUCCACUCAAGGAGACAUGGAAGAGCAGGAAGUGGCUUCUGAUCCAGAAUCCACUCCAGGAGACAAGGAAGACCUUGAAACCGCCUCAGAUGCCAAAGAUAUGGUGACUGAAGCUAGCGACAACAUCAGCGAACUCGGCUCGGUGGAGGAGGACAUCGACAGCACCGUGACUGAGAUGGAUGAUACUACCAAGGAUGAGAUCCAGGAGGGACUGGAGAUAGCGCUGGCAGCAGUGUCCAGUGGUAUCAGCAAUGUGUCUUCCCUGGAAGAAAUUGUGGCCAGCAGCAUGGGUGGAGUUUUUGGGAAGCCUGCAAAAGUGUCUCGCUAUUACCUUCCAUUGACAGAUGAGGAGCUUGCUGGACUGGCCACCUCGGUUGAGGGCUUUGAGAUGGAGCAGCAGAAGCAGGAGCAGAGCUACUUCGUGCUCUUGGGAUCACUCACCAGCAAGGUCCGUCAAUGUGCCUUCCAGCACUCCCUGACCAAGCUGAAGCAUGCCAAGGAGAACACCCAGGAUGUCCUUUCUCAGCUUCAUGAAACCAUUGUGCUGAUUGAACAAGUCAAGGAAGAGCUGGACCAGAAGCUUGCAAGCAGUGGCCAACAGCAGCCCCAAGAUUCAUGGCUUGAGUGGGAAUCCAAAGAAGCCCAGGCAGCAAGUGCAAAGGAAUUAACUGAUCAAGAUGAACUCGAGACCCAAGCUCUGGAGGUGUCCCACACUCUUGCCCAGCAGCUGCAAUCAGUCACCGCUGCUUUGGUGGCCAACCUUCAAGGUCUUCCUGAAGACCUCCAGGAGAAAGUUCAGCUCAUCCGGGAGAACAUCGAGAAACUUCAGGUUUCCUUUGCCUCUGCUGAGUCCUUCCAGGAUUUGCCAAGUUCCCUCUUGACCGAAGGCAAGGCGCAGGCCAGCAAAACUCACGAGAUGGUGGAGGAGCUGGUGGAUCACCUCAUCCACAACACCCCACUCUCUUGGAUCGUGGGGCCAUUUAUCCCUGGCAGAAAUGACGAUGAGGUCAUUGAAAUUGAGUAG